GUGAGGAGGCGGAGGGCAGGAGCACAUUACAGCAGUUACACAUAACAUGUUUCUUCCCCAGUCUGAUUGCUGUCAGGUCACUGGUGUUUACAGUGUUUCCUGUGAAGCGCUUUGAGACGUCCCUGGAUGUAGAAGGUGCUGUGUCAGAUGUCAGGAUUAUUAUUCUCCGAGGUCACCUUGACAAGCGCUGAGGGUUGAAGCUCAGACAAACAGACGGAGACUCUGUUGCUCGAUGUCCUGACAAAUGAUGGAGAAGAUUUUCAUUCUGAUUUUCCUGUUUGAGAUUCCGGCUUCACUUUCUGAUUCUUUUAUAGUUAAUGGUCCUCGUCAGCCUGUCCUCACAGCUCUGGGGAACGAUGUCACUCUGGGAUGUUGGUUAACACCAGGAGUGGCUGCAGAUAUGAUGGAAGUGGAAUGGAGUAAAUCUGAUUCUGGGGAAGUGGUGCAUUUCUACACACGUGGAGUGGAUCGACCUUAUCAGCAACAUGAAGCCUACAGAGGAAGAACUGAGCUCAUUAGAGACGGGAUGACUCGAGGAAACGUGUCUCUCAGACUGAAGAACGUGAGGUGCUCAGACCAAGGAGAAUACACAUGUUUUGUGAGAUCAACAACAGAUUUAGGUGAAACAACAGUGCUUGUGAAAGUUGAAGACCGCAGACGGCUGCCCUUGAUUUCCAUGGCAGGUUACCAGGACUCGAGACUUAAACUCACCUGUAAAUCAAAAGGCUGGUAUCCCGAACCUCGUGUAGUUUGGUUUGAUAGGAGUGGAGCAAAGGUGAAAGCCAAGACUGAAACAUGCACUCAGGGGUCUGAAGACUGUUGGAAAUGUGAAAGUAGCAUUGAUAUAACCAGAGAUUCUACAGACAGAUUCACGUGUCUGACAGGAAACUUUUUGGAGGAAAAGAAGGUGAAGAUCCAGGUAUCAGAGGUGUUUUUCCACCGAGGCCCAGACUGGCUGGUGGCUUUCCUUGUGGCGUUCAGCCUUGUGCUUGGAGCAGCUGGUGUGUUGGUGUUCUUCUGCAGAAAACGAUUGAAAAAAGUAAAAGUUUAUGAAAAUCUAAAAAAGGAAUUUAAAAAUCUGGAUAAUGAACUGAAAUCUGCCAAACAAGACCAAAAAUACAUGAAAAAAGCACUCGAACUGAAACAACAAUUCGCUAAAUCAGAGUGGGAGGUCGUUGGCAGUUGUGAAUGCUGUAAAAAGCUUCUCUUUGGUUUUGAAAAUAACAGACACCGCAUUUAUGCAGUUACAGUCACUCUGGAUCCUGACUCAGCCCAUCCCCGGCUCAUCCUGUCUGAGGACCUGACCAGUGUGAGACGCGGAGACGAACUGCAGUCGCUCCCUGACUCCCCGAAGAGGUUUAGUAACUAUCCCAUUGUCCUGGGAUCUGAGGGCUUCACAUCGGGGAGACAUUACUGGGAGGUGCAGGUGGGCAACAAGUCAAAGUGGACUGUGGGAUUGGCCACAGAGUCUGUCAACAGGAAACAAGCAAUCACAUUGUCACCAGAGGAUGGGGUCUGGGGGGUGAGGCUGGUGGGUGGGGACUGUUAUGAGGUUCUGACGUCACCCCCCACCCGCCUGUCCCUGACAGUGAGCACCGGGAAGAUCGGGGUUUACAUGGACUAUGAGGAGGGACAGGUGUCAUUUUACAACGCUGACAACAUGUCUCAUCUCCACACUUUCACCCAAACUUUCACUGAGAAACUUUAUCCUCUGUUCAAUCCCUGGUUUGGUUCUGAGCCUCUGACAAUCUGCCGGUGACAGGUUAAUGAGGAGGACAAUUUGACUAUUAUUUCCAUGAGGUUUGGAUAGUGCCGAGUGUUUGAUUCUGUACUUCUCUCUCAGUUUUGAGCUGAGUUUGUGACGGGAAGUGAAGGGCGGGGCUGAGCGGAGUCUCCCUGAGAGACGUCAGCUCCACAUUGUAUCCCGAACCGGGAGAGCCGUCUGUGGUCAGCGACACUGAGCUGCUGACACUGACACUGUGCCACAACACGGCACCUGCACAUUCCAGUGCCAAUACAGUAAACCCCGACUUACAGGACUCCGGGUGUCCGGGAUACACAACUGGACCAACCGGGAUCCACAACAAAUAUAGUUGUAAAAUUUCCGUGAGCCCUCCCUGUGCAGCGUCCCACAGGGUCAGCUCUCCUGUCACACUGAGCAGCCGCACCGUCCUCACUGGCCUUCACGCUCUGAGACAGGGAUAUAUAUCGCUGAUAUCUUUCUCUCCAGCAAUGCCCAGUCUCACAGUCGGGGCUGUGCUCAGAAUCUCACUGAAAUCUCCCAAAUCACUUUUAUAUCUAUAAACAGGUGCCGUGUUGUUCCCCAGUGAGCGGCCGCGUCUCACUGGGUAUAAACACUGUGUGUUUUCAGUGACAGCUUUUAUAAUCCGUAACAUUUCUCACUCACUGUAACAAUCUUUAACCCUCACUAAACCGAGGUCCCGUCUGUGACUGUUCAACUGGAUAUUAAUAUCCAAAAUAUUGUCGUUCACUUACAAAAUACUCGAACAAUUUACA